AUCACGUCCGAGCACUUACUCUUACAUUGAUACGCACUUUCUCUCUCUAAAAAAGAGUGAGAGAUAUAGAGAGAGAUAGUAUGAGGACGAGUCUGUAGUUGCAGAGAAAAGAACAAAAAAGAAAAAGAAAAAAAAGUAGAAGCGCGUAGAGCUGAAAUGCUGAGGUUUGUACUGCCAUGGUUAGUGGUCUUCAUCUUCCAUUUGGCUUCAGCUAAUAAAGAUCCAUAUGUAAUGCGCAUAAGCUGUGGAGCCAGGCAGAAUGUCCAUUCUCGACCUACCAAUACUUUGUGGUACAAGGAUUUUGCAUACACAGGAGGUAUUCCAACAAAUGCAACACGACCAAGUUACAUAAGUCCUCCACUACAGACGCUGCGGUAUUUUCCAUUGUCUUCAGGGCCAGAAAAUUGCUACAACAUUCGUAGAGUUCCGAAUGCACACUAUUCAAUCAGGAUUUUCUUUGGAUUGUUUAAGCAAGUAAAUUUCGAUAAUGAGCCUCUGUUUGAUGUUUCUGUCGAAGGAACUCAGAUUUCUUCUUUGAAAUCUGGUUGGAGUAACCAUGAUGAUCAAGCAUUUGUUGAAGCCCUUGCAUUUCUAACCGAUGGCACAGCUUCUAUCUGCUUUCACAGCACUGGUCAUGGAGAUCCAGCAAUCCUUUCACUUGAAAUUCUUCAGAUUGAUAAUCAAGCAUAUUACUAUGGUCCACAAUGGGGCGAAGGAGUACUCCUUAGAACAGCAGCAAGACUUAGUUGCGGUGAAGGGAAAUCGAAGUUUGAUGUAGAUUAUAACGGGGAUCGUUGGGGUGGAGAUAGAUUUUGGGGUUCUAUUACAACCUUCAAUCUAGGUUCUGAUAGAAUCAGAUCUGUUGAAACAAGUAUUAAGCAGGCAUCAAAGGCACCCAAUCAUUAUCCAGAAGCUCUUUAUCAGUCAGCAAUUGUUAGUACGGAUAGUCAGCCUAAUUUAGAAUAUACAAUGGAUGUGGAACCCAACAAAAACUACUCCGUAUGGUUACACUUUGCAGAGAUUGACCCUGCAGUCUCUAAAGCAGGGCUAAGGGUAUUUGACAUCCUGAUAAAUGGUGACAUUGAAUUUAAAGAGAUAGAUGUUUUCGAAUUGAGUGGAGAUCGUUAUACUGCACUUGUACUUAAUAGGACUGUUGCUGUUAAUGGGAGGACUUUGACAAUAACUUUGCAGCCCAAGAAAGGUAGUCAUGCUAUAAUUAAUGCCAUCGAGGUCUUUGAGGUUAUCAUGGCUGAGUCUAGAACUUUGCCUGAAGAAGUUAGGGCCUUGCAGUCACUGAAGACAACACUAGGGCUUCCAGUUCGACUUGGAUGGAAUGGUGAUCCAUGCGUUCCACCACAACACCCUUGGAGUGGAACAGAUUGUCUAUUUAACAGAACUACCAAUAAAUGGGCCAUUGACGGACUUGGUCUUGACAACCAGGGUCUUAAAGGUUUUCUGCCUAAUGACAUAUCCAAACUUCAACAUCUACAAAGCAUCAACCUAAGUGGAAAUAGCAUUCAUGGGCCCAUUCCAUCCUCUCUUGGAACAGUUGCAAGCUUAGAAGUAUUGGACCUCUCCUACAAUUUCUUCAACGGUUCAGUUCCUGAAAGUCUUGGACAGUUGACAUUAUUAAAAAGACUGAAUCUGAACAGCAAUGCUCUUUCCGGGAAAGUCCCUGCUGCUUUGGGGGGAAGACUCUUGUACAGAGUUAGCUUCAAUUUUACUGAUAAUCAUGGCCUAUGUGGUCUACCUGGACUUCCAUCUUGCGGGCCCCAUCUUACUACCGGUGCCAAGGUUGGUAUUGCAUUGGGAGCGUUGGCACUGUUCUUGCUCAUUGUAAUAUGUUCAGUAUGUUGUUGGAAAAGGCGGCAGAAUAUCCUCCGAGCACAGCAAAUUGCAGCAAGAGAUGCUCCAUACGCGAAAAAAAGGACUAAUUUGUCACGGGACAUCCAGAUGACCAGGCAUCAUAAUCUAGGCAAUGCUCGGACUGCAGCUGAAAACGGUCCAAGUUUGCUUUCGUGAUCAUAACUCAAACACCCUUGUCUGCACAACCCGUCCAGUCGAAACUCGCAAAAUUAAACUCGCUGGGUUUUGGUGCAUGGAUUUCUCAUGUUUGCUUCAAAGUGUCAGUCAGUAAUGCUAAAAGGUACGCAAGGGAAGUACUUCUCGAAGAUCAAAUUAUCAUAUCAAUAUUCCCUGGAAUUCCAUACACUGGAAAGCAAGAAAAAAAAAUGUACAUUACUCCAAUUCAUUCUUUCCUAUCUUUGAAACAAAAAUUGUAUCACAAAAAAAAAAGAGGUGUAAUGUUAGAAGCCAGAAAUUUUCACAAAAUUCCAUCUAUUAUUUUGGGCAUGGGGUUUGGAAUGUAAAGUAAUGUGUUUUUAUAGGCCCUAUUAUGUUAGUCAUGAGGCUUUGGCAUAGGUUUGCAAGGAGAGAGUAGUAGUAUGUUCCAAAUGUGUUCAUCACAUUAUCAUAAUUUAUUGUAAUCUUGAAUGUGAAAACUAGCUUGCCAUAUGGUUUUGAAUGUCAUUAUUAAUUUUUGCA